AUGUUUUCGCCGAUUGAGGACGAAAAGGUCGAUUUUCAGCAACCAACAAAGUCCUUCCUAGCCCUCAACCACCCAGUCGAGUCUGGUACUCCGUUCUUCGUGUACGCCAGUGCCUCUUCGGAACGCUCCGCCGCCUCCAAGGGUACACUUCCCAUCCGACCUACCAACCCAAACACGCUCCCACCAUGUCAACAUCACCUCAUCCCACAUCUGACAUAUGUACCACCAAACACACAUCAUGGCACUCGGACUCAAAAGGUGUACAACGUACCUCAACCCACUCGUUUCCCUCUGUAUGGAGCUCCACCUGCCCACUCUCUUUCGUGGGGACGCGACGCCAUAUGA